GUAGACGUUGAAUAAAAUUUGGAAGUUGAGAGAAGCGAAACCAAGUGAACAAAGAGGGCUUUUAGUUGGGAGAAAUUCUUAUAUUUGUCGGAGUUUCGUGUUUCCGACAUCCACCGGGAAGUUUGCAACGGUCAUAUAUCCCCGUGGAGGGAAAGUGCGGUGGCUCCGGCUUCCAUGGCGGACCCAUCCCUUCGUCCUGCCAGCUUCUGGACCCAGGCCAACGCUCUCCUCAGAAAGAACGUCACCUACCAGAAACGAAAUAUCAAGACAAAUAUCCGGCUCAUCUCUUUCCCUUUCAUCCUCUGUAUAUUGCUUGUUUCCCUUCAAGCAUUUAUCAAUAGUCAAUUGGAUAAACCUUCAAAUAAUUGUGGCUGUGCUUGUGUUGGUACAACGGGGGAUGGACAAUGUGAGAAAGUUUGUGGGUUGGAAUAUUCAGAUUUGGAUCAAGCUGCCACUUGUCCCAUUCGUAACGCUCCUGAAUGGCCUCCUCUAUUACAAGUGCCAGCUCCUGAAUAUCGUGCAGUGAGGACUGAUUUUCUUCCAUUUACAGACUUGCCAAACGAGUCAUGCAGGAGUUCAGGGUCCUGUCCAGCAACUUUCCUUUUCACUGGGAAUAAUCAGUCUCUUGGAGAAAUUUUGGUUAAGAAUAUGGCUGUGACAUCUCUCAAUAUCAACACCUCUGAUGCUGUUGAUAGCCUAGCUACUGGUGUUGCGGGCUCAGAUACAUAUCCCCAAACAAACAAUUUUCUUGAUCCUGCUUUCUUUUCUGGUGUUCCCAUUUAUAAUGUGCAAAGUCAGUGCUCUCCAAACUCUACAGUUUCUGUUUCCUUUCUGGAGUCGUCCAUUCCAGUGCAAGAAGAGGUACGUUGUGUCCAAGGUUUGCAUUUGUGGCGCAAUAGUUCUUCUGAGAUUAACGAUGAGCUAUAUAAAGGUUACCGAAAAGGGAAUCCAGAGAGGAAGAUUAAUGAAAUUGUUGCAGCUUAUGACUUCUUAAACUCAAAUGGGAAUAGUUUUAAUGUGAGCAUAUGGUUCAAUUCAACCUAUAAGAAUGACUCAGGCCAAACAUCCAUUGCAUUGGUGCGGGUUCCACGUUCGGUGAAUUUGGCAUCAAAUGCCUACAUCCAGUUUUUGCGAGGGCCUGGUACAAAAAUAAUAUUUGAGUUUGUUAAAGAAAUGCCCAAACCUGGAACAAAACUCAGGCUGGAUUUGUCCUCUCUUCUGGGUACACUCUUCUUUACAUGGGUCAUUCUACAACUAUUCCCCGUCAUCUUGACAUCAUUGGUAUAUGAGAAACAACAGAAAUUGAGAAUCAUGAUGAAGAUGCAUGGGCUGGGUGAUGGGCCUUAUUGGAUGAUUUCUUAUGCUUAUUUUCUUCUCAUAUCUUUUAUCUACAUGCUAUGUUUUGUGAUAUUUGGCUCAGUCAUUGGUUUAAAAUUCUUCACAAUGAAUGAUUACAGCCUCCAAUUUGUGUUUUAUGUCCUCUAUAUAAACUUGCAAAUUGCACUGGCCUUUCUUGCAGCUGCAAUGUUUUCAAAUAUUAAGACUGCUGCAGUUGUUGGGUACAUUUGUGUCUUUGGAACUGGGCUUUUAGGAGGCUUUCUUUUCCAAUUCUUCAUUCAGGAUACAUCAUUCCCAAGAGGUGGUAUCAUUGCGUUGGAGUUGUAUCCUGGCUUCGCUCUGUAUCGUGGGUUGUAUGAGUUUUCACAAGCUUCCUUCACAGGAGACUUUUUGGGAACUAAUGGGAUGCGGUGGGGAGAUUUGAGUGAUAGCGUGAAUGGGAUGGCAGAGGUCAUGAUUAUCAUGGUUGUUGAGUGGUUUGUUGUGAUUUUCCUUGCCUUUUAUGUAGAUCAAGUUGUAUCAUCAGGAAGUGGAAAAAGUCCUCUAUUUUUCUUGCAAAUCUUCCGAAAGAAGCCUUCAUCUUUUAGGAAGCCUAGUUUGCGAAGGCAGGAUUCUAAAGUCUUUGUUCAGAUGGAGAAACCGGAUGUCAUUCAAGAGACUGAGAAGGUUGAGCAGCUGCUACUAGAACCAAAUUCAAAUCAUGCCAUUGUCGUUGACAACAUAAAAAAAGUGUAUCCAGGAAGGGAUGGAAACCCAGCUAAAUUUGCAGUGAGAGGCUUAUCUCUUGCCUUGCCUCGAGGGGAGUGCUUUGGUAUGCUUGGCCCCAAUGGUGCUGGCAAGACUUCUUUUAUUAGUAUGAUGAUUGGUCUGACAAAGCCAACCUCUGGCUCAGCAUAUGUCAAUGGUCUGGACAUUCGGACUCAGAUGGACGGAAUAUAUACCAGUAUGGGUGUAUGCCCACAGCAUGAUUUGCUAUGGGAAUCUCUUACUGGAAGGGAGCAUCUUCUAUUUUAUGGAAGACUGAAGAACCUCAAAGGUUCUGCCUUAACACAAGCAGUGGAAGAAUCACUAAAAGGUGUCAAUCUUUUUAAUGGGGGGGUUGCUGACAAACAAGCUGGGAAAUAUAGUGGUGGUAUGAAGAGAAGGCUUAGUGUUGCAAUUUCUUUGAUUGGUGAUCCCAAAGUUGUUUAUAUGGAUGAGCCCAGUACUGGGUUAGAUCCAGCUUCAAGAAACAAUUUAUGGAAUGUUGUGAAGCGUGCAAAGCAAGACCGAGCAAUCAUUCUCACCACACAUUCCAUGGAAGAGGCAGAAGUUUUGUGUGAUCGAUUAGGAAUUUUUGUAGAUGGCAGCUUGCAGUGCAUAGGGAAUCCUAAAGAGCUUAAAGCUAGAUAUGGGGGCUCUUAUGUGUUCACAAUGACGACAUCUUCGGAUCAUGAGCAAGAUGUGGAGAGCAUGGUGCGACAUCUCUCCCCAAAUGCUAACAGGAUAUACCACAUAUCCGGAACUCAGAAGUUUGAGCUGCCAAAACAAGAUAUCAGGAUUGCAGAUGUAUUCAAAGCAGUUGAGAAUGCAAAAAGCAGGUUCACAGUUUUUGCCUGGGGUCUAGCUGACACCACACUGGAGGAUGUUUUCAUCAAGGUUGCCCGUGGGGCGCAGGCAUUCAACGUGUUGUCUUGAUUGCGUAUUAUUACCCUUAUUUCUGAGAUUUAUCAUUAAUUAUAGGCUCCUGUAUGCUCGGUUUAGCAUGCAGCUAAUCAUGGUGUUGUUUACUAGUGUUGAAAGUCAAAUACUAUUUCUU